CUGAAACCGAAUGGAAGAGAUCCAAUUGAGUUGAGUCCAACCUCUGCUUCCCCAAUUUCAUCUGAGAUUCUCGCCAAUCUAGGAUUUCAAUUUCAGUAUUGCAAAAUGCCAAUUUUGGCACAAUGGGUUGGCAAUUGGCAGGAAGAGUCCCAGGCUCCUGUCUCCGAUGAACUCCAAGUGCUCCUAAGUUGUAUCAUUUCGGAUUUUUGCACGGGAUUUGGUGUCAUAAACUCCAAGUAGAAUGAGGAAAUUGCUUCCACUUGAGCUACAACAGGCCCUCCAAAACUUAGAGGAGAUUAGAGUUUGGAAUUGCAAACAAAUGGAGGAGAUAAUAGUAUCAUCAGAUUCAGAUGCAUCAUCAAAUAAAUUCACUUUUCCCAAGUUAAGAAUAUUGCUGUUGGUUUAUUUACCCUAAUUGAAUAGCAUUUGUAGUGCCAAAAGAGUUGUGGUUUGUGAUUCUAUUGAAGUAAUUGUAAUAUUUGAAUGUCGGGAGUUAAAGAGGAUCCCUGUGCCGCUUCCCCUGCUUAAUAAUGGCCAAGCAUCUCCUCCUCCUCAUCUCAGAGAAAUGAGGAUAGAUGAAGAGUCAAAAGAAUGGUGGGAAUCAAUGGAGUGGGAUCAUCCCAAUGCUAAGAACCUCCUUAAACCUUUCUUGAAACAUUCUACAUAUCCAUGAGUUUGAGGUGUGAAAUGAAGAGCUGCAAACUGCAAACUGCAAAUGCAAAGGGAGUUGUUGAUUAGACAAAUCAUAACUUUCCAAAAAUUAAAGUCACAUGCCACCUCAAUAACACGUGCCAAUAAAAGCAAUUUUGCAGUUCGUUCCUUCCCUCCCCAACAAAAACAAUUGGGGUAUUCUAGAAGAGAACGAGAUCAAUGUUUCUGAGAUGGAAACCCUAAAUGGGUAUAUUCUGGAAUACAAAGAUAUGCAACUUUUGCUCCCUCACAAACUCCAACCAACAAUUUGGUUUCGGGGUAUGCUGGCUGAAAAUGUGCCCCCUGUUAUUGCCGAGUAAACUAGAUGCAGUAAGGCCUCAAGGAGAGGAAGUUUUUAGGUUUCUAGGUUUCCUACAAAUCUUUUUGGUGUCAUGAUCAUGAAUUGUGCAAAGAGGUGAAUUUUUCCUUUAUGAGAGUGCAGUUAAAGUUCACAUAUGCAAGUCAAAGCGUGGAGACACAUACUCAUGAUUGUUAUCUAUUUAGGCUACUUGAAGAGUUUGUUUGAAAAAUAUGGUCUUGCUGGUUGAUUAGCAAUCCUACAAGUUACCAUAUAAAGCUUCUCAGUGAAGUCUUAAACUCACAGGAGUACAAUGCAUCAAUUGAGUGCUACUGGGCUCCCUUCAUGAGUCUGAUUCAUACCAUUCAACAUAUCAUACUGUCCUGAGAUGACUGGUGAACCUUGUUGCCAUAGCCAAACAUGGCAAGAGCUAGGAAGGAGUUGAUGUGUUGGUGUUUGAGAGCUAUCUCUGAUGGAUGCACAAGCGUAACAAGCCUCAAUCAAUGCUAUCCAAACAUGGCAGGAGGAAGGAAGGAGUUUGAUAUGUUGGUGUGUGAAGCUAUGUUUGGUGGAUGUGCAAGUGUAAGAAACUUCAGAUCAAUGUUAUGAAUAGCAGUGGGAAAAGAAGGAGAUUGGCCAUGGCAAUUGAACUUAACCAGCACUAGGAGGUAUAUGAAGAAGAUUGAACUUGUGAAAACAUGAAGACUUUUACAAGCUUCACUCUCUGUUUCUUUUGGGAUAUACAGCACAGAAAGUGAAGCAGGAAAGAAGAGGAUUUAGCAAGAUGUAACUUGCAUUUUAUGUUAUGUAAGUUUCCACUUAGUGGCCAGUUUCUAUUUCCUUUUAUCAUCGGCUCUUACCAUGACUCCGUAACACAUGGGAAUGAGAUUAUGAAUGCAUAUAUGUUGAGCAGUUGUAAAAAUCAUUGUGAUCUAUCUAAACCUCCUUUUGACAGCACAAGUAUAAUCAACUGAACUUUUCAAU